AUGGUCAACAUUCCCAAGACCCAGACAGCGGCUACUGUCCCAAAACUCGGCGGCGGAGUUGUUUUUGUACAUGACUAUCCGGUGCCGCAGCCGGGUCACAAUGAAGUCUUAGCAAAAGUUCUCUAUUCGGGCGUCUGCCAGAGCGAUCUCCACACUCAAGCUGGCAUCGCAGCGUCAGCUCAGGGAACACCAAUUACGAAUGUCAAGCUACCUCAUAUUGGAGGGCAUGAGGGUAUCGGGCGCAUCAUUGCCUUGGGUCCUGGAGUAGAUGAGGACAUCAAGGUUGGCACAUAUGUCGGUAUCAGAUUCGCAAGUCGAAUUUGCCGGCGGUGCAAUUUUUGUUUGGCUGGAAAGGAGCAGCAUUGCAUUAAGAGCACGAACCACUUGCAUCAUGAAGAUGGAAGCUUUCAAGAGUACAUCGCUCUUGAUGCUGACUAUCUUACCCUGCUGCCUAAUGAUAUCGAUCCUGUUACCACCGGCCCUGUUCUUUGUGCUGGACUGACCACUUACAAGGCAGUCAAAAAUUGCAACGUCAGCGCAGGAAAUUCCGUUGUAGUUGUUGGUGCUGGUGGUGGACUGGGUCAUCUCGCAGUUCAAUAUGCAUUGGCACAGGGCGCCAUUGUAUACGCCGUUGACGGCGGUGCCGAGAAAGGAGAGUUCCUGAAGUCACUUGGUGUAACCGGCUACGUCGACUUUACGACUACUCCCAAUCUCAUUGAGAAGAUUCACGAGAUCACCAACGGGGGAGCGGAUGCCGUCAUAGUAACGGCGGCGAACCCAAAGGCGUUUGCUCAGGCCGCUGAAAUGCUCGCCGUUGGCGGAACGCUCAGCUGUGUUGGAAUUCCUGCAGAGAGAGGAUAUCUCGAAACGCCUAUCAGCACUAUCGUAAUCAAGGGUCUUCAUAUAACUGGUAACUUGGUUGGAUCGCUCAAAGAAUGCUUGGAGGCGGUGGAUCUCGUACGAAGAGGUAUUGUGAAGCCCAAGGUUACGGUUCGUCCGUUUGAAGACUUGCCCAAGAUUUAUGAAGAGCUGGAGAGGGGUGAUGUUUUGGGCCGUAUUGUGCUGAAAAUUGCAAAGGACGAGUGA